GUGACCUUCCGCGUCCUUAAAACGUCAGUCUAACCAGAGCCGUUGAGGAGUUUGCUUCGUAAAUCAGCUAUUCAGUCAACAGUCGACUCCUCGUUCGCGAAUCGUUGGUUUCCAUUCUUGCUUUCGCAUUCUCUUAUUGGACGACCGAGACAAAGCCCGCCAAAAUGGUUUGGAUCACCGCUGACGAUAAGAUGGCUGGUCAACCGAACACCCAGGCAUUGUACGCCCAAAGUCAACUGGACCACAUGUGCGCUUUGGACAUCGGCAGCCGCGCGUCCUUCGUCCGCUUGUCCGGCAUCAUCUGCACGAUCGGACCCGCGUCCAGGUCCGUGGAGACUUUGGAGAAGAUGAUCGAGACGGGCAUGAAUAUCGCUCGCCUGAACUUCUCCCACGGCACUCACGAGUACCACGCAGAGACGAUCGACAAUGUGCGCCAGGCGCAGAAGAAUCUGACCGCCCGCGCCGGCAUCAACAUUCCCGUCGCUGUCGCCUUGGACACGAAGGGCCCCGAAAUUCGCACGGGUCUUUUGGAAGGCGGUGGCUCGGCUGAGGUGGAGUUGGUCAAGGGUCAGGUCUUCAAACUGUCAACUGACAAAGUAUAUAUGGAGAAAGGAAACGCUCAAAUUGUUUAUGUUGACUAUGAUAACAUCACGAAGGUGUUGAAGACGGGCAACCGCGUGUUCGUCGACGACGGUUUGAUUUCUCUUAUCGUCACCUCUGUCAGCCCCAAUUUAAUUUCGACGACCAUUGAGAAUGGCGGUAUGUUGGGCUCUCGCAAGGGCGUGAAUUUGCCGGGAGUGCCAGUGGAUUUGCCGGCGGUGUCCGAGAAAGACAAGUCUGACCUUUUGUUCGGUGUCGAGCACGACGUUGACAUGAUAUUCGCCUCCUUCAUUCGUAACGCCGAGGCGUUGACCGAUAUCCGCACAAUCCUCGGCGAGAAGGGCAAGAACAUUCAGAUCAUAUCGAAGAUAGAGAAUCAGCAAGGCAUGACGAAUCUCGACGAGAUCAUCGAGGCGUCUGACGGCAUCAUGGUGGCGCGCGGUGACUUGGGAAUAGAGAUACCGCCGGAGAAGGUGUUCUUGGCGCAAAAGUCCAUGAUCAGCAGGUGCAACAAAGUUGGCAAGCCUGUAAUCUGCGCCACGCAGAUGCUGGAAUCCAUGGUGAAAAAACCGCGAGCCACCAGGGCCGAGACGUCAGACGUUGCCAAUGCUAUUCUGGACGGCGCUGAUUGCGUCAUGCUGUCAGGUGAAACAGCGAAAGGAGAAUACCCACUGGAGUGUGUUCGCACAAUGGCCAAUAUCUGCAAGGAAGCGGAGGCCGCGAUUUGGCAGACGCAAAUCUUUCACGAUCUGUCGAACAAAGCAUUGCCACCUAUCGACGCUACGCAUGCCGUCGCCGUCGCCUCUGUGGAGGCGUCCGUCAAGUGUUUGGCCACUGCCAUCAUUGUCAUUACGACGUCUGGUCGAUCAGCGCACCUGAUCGCAAAAUAUAGGCCGCGUUGUCCGAUCAUCGCUGUUACCAGGUUCCAUCAAGUCGCCCGACAGGCGCAUUUGUACCGCGGAAUAUUGCCAUUGUACUACGAAGAGGCACCACUGGCCGACUGGGUGAAAGACGUGGACACACGUGUACAAUACGGGUUGAACUUCGGCAAGAGUCGCGGUUUCGUCAAGACUGGUGACUCGGUUAUAGUCGUGACAGGAUGGCGACAAGGCUCUGGCUUUACGAAUACACUUCGUAUCGUGACUGUCGACUGAAUGCAACAGGCGCGCUAUUUUAGGCAAUAUGACACUCACAUGCACACGAAUGUGCACGUGACUGUAUAUUAUCCUUCUGCGAGUUCCAGUGAAUACAGUUACGUGAGACUAUUUAAUCAGUGUAGAUCCAGUAUUAUGUUACCAUUAAAACAUAUAAAUACGGUAUACAGAAAAAUUAAAGAAGAAAAAAAUACUUAUGUGUAUAUGUAUACAGUUGUCUGAGCGAUAAAAUGAUUUACGUCGUGUGUUUUAUGAAUAAGUUCAACUGAAGAGGCAACAUCUGAAUUAUUAUCAUAAAAAAAAAAUAUCGAGUGUUAAAUUUUCGAGUUUCUGUGUAGAAAUAAAUAAAGACAUUUAUUUUACAUUAAUCGAUGUUCGAUAAAUUAUAAUAUGAUUCGUGUACUAAAAAUUUACACGAUUAUGUCACUAUUAAUUUUUUUAUAAUCAGAAUUUGCUUAGGAGAGAGAUCAUGUGAAUUUUUAGUGCACGAAUGUUUUCUUUUCUGGCAUUUGUGAGUGAAAUUCUUAAGAAAUUCUAAAUACCAAUAUAUUCGAGCAAUUUUUAUUGUAGAUUAUUGUAAACUGGUGAACUUUAAUAGUGUGAGAUGUAUAUGAAACUCCGUGUGAUAAGUACUUUCAACACUCUCUAUAAUGCUUUAUCUAAAUAUAUUGGGAGUUAUGUAAUAAGUACUUUUGAAUUUGUCGGGUAAAACAAAAUAUGUUUAUAUUUUUAAUUUUAUAAAACAAUGUAUGCGUGA